AUGGGUCCAAAUGAAAGCUCAAUUACCGGAUUUAACGCUACGUUUGGACAGCAGAAAACACAUGGAGAACUACAUUAUGACUCUUUGUAUAGACUUUUUUCUGUUCUUACGAACGUUGUAAUUUUUGCUGUUGGCAUUACGGGUAACACCCUUGUGGUUCUUGUCGUAGUGCGCAUUCGAAGCAUGUGGACACCGACCAAUUGUUAUUUGAUAAGUUUAGCCAUUGCUGAUAUCCUUGUGCUUUUGUCAGCAACAUUGCCAGCGAUUCCAGAAACAUUUUUCCAAAUAAACGAAUGGCCGUUCGGACGAGUAUUGUGCUCAUUGUUGGUGUUUUUGCAGUAUUUAGGUGUCGACAUGGCAUCGUUAUCUAUUACGGCGUUCACAAUGGAACGAUACAUUGCCAUAUGUCAUCCGCUGCGAUCACACAGAAUAUGCACGGUAAAUAGGGCAAAGCGCAUUAUUGCUGGAAUUUGGACCUUUGGAAUUCUGUAUUGCACACCAUGGUUGGGGCUAACAAAUUUGAUUGAAGAAAAGCGGAAUACAAUCACCGUUCAAUUAUGUCAAAUCCGUUUAAAACGUGAACAAUAUCUUGCAUAUUAUUUAGCCGACUUUAUUUUGUUUUAUAUCAUACCCCUCUUAAUAAGUGCUAUACUAUAUGGACUAAUCGCCCGUAUGAUGUUCAAAACCAACAUAGGCCAGAAUAAUAGCGGGCUCUCUCUAACAUCUAAUCGGAAUAAGGAACGACAAAUGACGUCUCGACUACAGGUAGUUCGAAUGUUAGCAGUAAUUGUCGUAGUGUUUAUGGUCACGUGGAUGCCGUACAGGACCAUGGUCGUCUACAACUCGAUUGCCCGCGAGAAAUACCUCGACUUUUGGUUUCUGAUGUUCUGUCGGACCAUGGUCUAUAUCAACAGCGCCAUUAAUCCGAUCUUGUAUAACGCAAUGUCCAUAAAGUUCAGACAUGCCUUCCAGCGAGUACUUUGUUGCUGCAAAGCCCAAAACUACGGACACAUGUCAGUAUAUAGUGACUUGGAGCACGCGAUCAUUAUAUCUAAACGGCAGUCCAGUGACUCGAGAAAGCCAUUACAAAGCCAUUCCAACGGACACAUAGCGGCCUCUUCCUCACACAAUCUCAGGAGAGAUAUCACAGCGCAUGCAUCCUUCUCUUUGUCGUAAUGAUACAUAUGUGUACACGUGUUUUACAUCGGAUUAUUUAUGGACUUUCCAACAUAUUUAAAUAUUCGUAUGUGUCACUGAAUUUCAAGUUA